AUGAACGCCGAAUUGCAGAGCGAGCCCGGUCACCAAGAUUGGGAACAUCAAGCCCAAGAAUCGGAGCUGGACUUCGAAAUUGAGGAUUUUGAAGAGGAUCAGGGCAUAGAUUGGGAAUCAUGGUGGCAGAUCAUCGUACAUCGAAACGGAGGUGUGCAAGAAGCCGAGCCACCUGAAUAUCCAGACGAAGCCUGGAGUUUAGAUGACAAGGAGGCCCCCUUCCCCUUUAACCUUAACGGAACAUGGUACUGUGCCACGCUGUUAGUGCUAAUAUUUCUCAUACACUUCGAGUUAGAUACGGAAUGGCUGUUCCAACGCGGGUAUAGGUGCUACCUCUUACGCAUAUCCUUCAGGAUAGUUAUCACGGUAGCUAUCUCUUUCUUCAGCACGUUGGUGUUCGAGGUCAUCGGCAAUAUACUUGACCUGGCGAGGGAAACCAUAAUCGACAUCAUAUCACUUCAGGUAAAAGCUUUCUUUGUGGAGCGCCUAGGUUGGGGUCCUGUUGACAACGAGGGACGUGCCGAUUGGGAAAAUGGUGUUCCAUUCUACCACGAUAAAACGUACUUUCACCAGCCUAUUAUUGAGAUGUGGCGCGGCGAGGAGGACGGCUUCAGGUUAGGCGGAGAGUCUCGGGCACAAGGCCAGUUCCUGUUCGAAGAGGAAAAUGACCCCGGCGAAAACAAUAAAGGCCUCCAGAUACGCAUCAAGUUCUCUAUGGUGCACAAGGGCAAGCAUUUGAUCCUAGAGGGGACGCAGCAAGACACGAGCCCCGAGAGCGACGAGGAUAAGGUUGCUGCCGAAGACCCGACGGCGCAAACUGAUGCGUCCCGGAUGUUAGAGGAUUGGAAACAACUCUACGAGCCUCUGUGGGAACAGAAGCCUCCUUCGGAUACCGAGGAAGAUGAGCGAGAGUUGUUGGCGUUGCAGGAUGCUGGCGGACCCCUGCCCAAACCUCACAAUAAAUGGGAGAAUCCUCGUACGGGAAGGGUCAUUUCGACGAAGAACAAACCCGGCCCAAUCCCCGGGUUUAUCGUCAACGCGGGUGCGACAUCACGCUAUCUUGAAGAGCGCCCCGAUUGGGCUUGGAAUAUCAUGGGAAAGUAUGAGAUCAGUACCAUCGGACUGACUAAGGCUUUGGGUGUGUCCGACGGCAAGCCUGUGACUAUGACCAUGACGAUCCAGAUGGAUAAUAAUGCGAAGCACCAAAAAGCCGGACGACAGCUCUGGGCUAUAAUCGAAGCUGGCGAUUUACUUGCCCUUGCACGUUUUCGACCGAGCCCUACGCCUAACAGUCUAUUAGAAGACUCCUUAGAAGUCUUUGAGAAAGCUUGCGUCUUGAAGCCGGGAGUAUGGGUUGGCCCCAAGCCGCAAGGAACUCAAAAUUGGGAGAUGCGUUGGAGGGGAUUCUCGGACGCCAGCUUGCAAACGAUGGCAGAGGAUGGUAUAGGGUCGGAGGUUAUAUUCACUAAAGAUGACCAGGGAAAACUAAUAUUUAGAGGCAAGAUGAAAGUUGAAGACGAGAGCUUCCUUGUGCUAGGAACCUGGGUUGCGCCUACGGAAGAGAGGCGCCCUAGCGCUCCUACGGUCAACACCGAAUGGGCAAAGUAUUCCAAGGGGAAACCUGCCAUAAAAAUACGGAGGCAUCCGGAACAUAUCAUUGUCUUAGAUAAAUAUUGUCAAUCCACGCUAAUCUGA